AUGCUGAACUCAGCUGUCCACCACGUUGUCGUGGGGGCCCCCGUCGCGGCUGUAACAGACGAAUGCAGCCCGAAAACCGUCAAGCUUGGUCCAAGAAAGCAAAGGCGGACGGGGCAGCCAGCUGCGGCCUUGUUGAUCUGCCGUCGCACCAUUCCACAGGGCUCACUUUUGCCCAUCCUAUCCAGGCUCUUCCUCCUCCCAUGCUGUAGUAGCACAGCAACCAUUCAGCCUCCGCUCGCCAUCGAGACUCCCUCCUCUGUUCCUCGCACGGGGCCCCCGUCUUUCGAUUCCAAUUUAACCUUGGCCGCCCGCCACCGUGAACGAGGAGGGAGCCUUGACCGCGACGACGCCGACUUUUCCCCGCCCUUGCACGACGCCACCGCCUAUGAGCUUGACGACUACCGCCCUAUCCAGACCCGAAAGGACGCCCGCGACCGCGCCCUCCGAAGACGCCAGAAACGACUACGCAAGCGCCAGUGGCUCGACGAGCGUGACGACAUGAAGUUCUCUCAUAGCAUCCAGUUCAACGCUGUUCCUGACUGGAGCAGCCACUACAUUGCAUAUAGCAACCUCAAGAAACUUAUCUACCAGCUCGAAAAGUCCGUCCAUCAAAGUCGGGCUGGCGACUCCGAGUCUCGACCUCUCAUCGCCGGUGAGGACCCCGAGGACGUCUUCAGCAAGGCCCUCGACAUCGAGCUUGAGAAGAUCUGCUCCUUCUAUGUCGCCAAGGAAGGCGAAUUACUGGACGAGGUUGCCCAGCUCCUCCGCGACAUCGGGGACCGUCCCUCGUUGGAUGGGCCGCCCAUCCUGCGCAGAGUCUCCCUCGACGGCCAUCGCGGAAACAGCUUUCCUGCCGGCCCUGGAUCCGAUGACGAGGAUGACAUCGACAGCGCGAGCGACGAUGACGAGACCACCGGCCUGACAAAGGCGAAGAGCGCCAAUUCGGGCCGGAGGAAGACCGCUGGCGAUGUCGGCCAUCACCAUGACAUGGCGGCGUCGGAGCAGGGGCGCCUGGCGCGCAGGCACAGCAACACUUUUGACUAUGGAGAUGCAUCUCUCAUGUUCGCGUCAGGGCUGUACUCGUCGGCAAUCAUGCUCAAGAAGCGCAUCGCCAGUCUAUACGUUCAGCUCUGCGAGCUCAAGUCCUACGUCCAGCUCAACAAGACGGGCUUCGGCAAGGUCCUCAAGAAGUUUGACAAGAUCCUGGACAAGGAACUCAAAGCCGUCUACAUCCGCACGCACGUAGACACGGCCUAUCCGUUCAGGGAUGAGACCAAGAAGGUCAUCGACGACAACAUUACCAAGAUGGAGUCCGCAUACGCCGACGUCGUCACGGGGGGCGACGCAGAGCUUGCCAAAAAGGACCUGCGGUCUCACUUGCGAGAGCAUGUCGUCUGGGAGCGCAACACCGUGUGGCGAGACCUCAUCGGCAUCGAGCGACGUGCUGAGGCGGCCAGGUUCGGCCAGUCGCUGCUGGGCCAGGACCAGAGCGCAGCACCGAAACGGCUGCAAGGCGACGACGGCAGCUUGCCUUCGCAUAAACAGUUUCGCACCCCGCUUGGCCGUCUCUCGCUACCUACCUGGCUGGCAAACGGGUCCAUGCUCACACUCAUCGCCUCCAUCGCCAUCUUCCUCGCCAUCUUGUUCGUCCCGAUUCUGGAAAAGCCGGAACAGCAAAACUGCCUGGCUCUGCUCGUCUUCGUGAGCAUUCUCUGGGCCACCGAGACAAUACCGCUUUUCGUAACGUCGCUGCUCAUCCCCUUCUUGUCCGUCAUCCUCAGGGUCGUCCGUGAGGAGGAGCCCGGCAAGCCUCAGGUGCGACUCGACUCCAAGGAAGCAACGCAGGCAAUCUUUGCCUCCAUGUGGACUCCUGUCAUCAUGCUGCUGCUCGGCGGCUUCACCUUGGCGGCCGCGCUGUCCAAAUGCAAGAUCGACAAGCGGCUCGCGACGCUCAUCCUGAGCAAGGCCGGCACGCUGCCCAAGACGGUCCUGAUCGCCAACAUGUUUGUCGCCGCCUUCGCGUCCAUGCUCAUCAGCAACGUCGCCGCUCCGGUUCUCUGCUACUCCAUCAUCGAGCCCAUGCUACGAACGCUGCCGUCCGAUUCCAACAUGUCCAAAGCCGUCAUCAUUGGCAUUGCCCUCGCUUCCAACAUUGGCGGCAUGCUGUCCCCUAUUGCGUCUCCUCAGAACGUUGUGGCCAUGGGCAUCAUGCAGCCCGAGCCGACGUGGCUGCAGUGGUUCUUCAUCGUCAUCCCCGUCGGGGCCGUCUCCCUUGUCCUCAUAUGGCUCCUUCUCCUGGUGACCUUUCAGCCCGGCAAGGGCACCACCAUUGCCCCGAUCCGACCUCUGAAGGAGACGUUUACCGGCGUCCAGUGUCACCAGAUGGAAGGCGUCUUUGGCGACAUGGGUGUGAUUGCCAUCAUGCCGAUCGUGCUCUUCUUUGGAAUUGGCGUUCUCACAAAGGAAGACUUCAACAAUUUUCCCUGGACCAUCAUUAUCCUGGCUGCAGGAGGGCUGUCCCUCGGCAAAGCGGUCCGGUCGUCUGGUCUCUUGCACCUGGUCGCCGAGGUGGUUUCGCAGAAGGUGGAGGGCAUGAGCUUGUACGGCGUCUUGGCCGUCUUCUCGACCCUGAUCCUAGUCAUUGCAACCUUCAUCAGCCACACGGUCGCCGCCCUCAUCUUCCUGCCGCUGGUGUUUGAUGUCGGCGCCGAAAUGGACCAGCCACGCCCAAAUCUGCUCGUCAUGGGCGGCGUCCUCAUGUGCAGUGCCGCCAUGGGCUUGCCAACCAGUGGCUUCCCUAAUAUGACCGCAAUCAUGAAGGAAGACGCGGCCGGGCAGAGAUAUCUCCAGGUCAAGCAUUUCAUCAGCAGGGGAGUGCCAAGCAGCGUCAUGACGCUGGCUGUUGUCAUGACGCUUGGUGGCGCCCCGAACGCCACCACCAUCGCCCUCGACUUCGAUGCUGGCCGCUACAUUCCGGCUCCCUGGCGCGACAUCAAACUCGAACCAUUUGUUGAAUCGUGUUCUUUCCAUGGGCGUCGAACUCGCUGGCGGCUCCAUGAGUGUCUCGCCACGGUAAUCGCAGCGGCCCCGAGCUGGCCAGCCAGCGCCAUGCUGUCCGCCUUCACUGCCCGGCCGAUCAUCGAGCUCCGGCAGCGGGAUAGGUCCAAGAUUGAGACCAUCCUAGCGCACGGUGACCGUAUUCUCGUGGGCCUCAACAGUGGUGCCCUCCGCGUCUAUCGCCUCAACGACCUUCCCUCGCCGCAACACGACUCUCCUUCACCCGCCGGCGAGCCCAGCCUCGAGACCGCCAGCACCCCUCAGCGCGGACAAGACCUCCCGUCGCAGGCACCUGGGAAGCCGACGGACCUAUUGCGCGAAGUCGACAGGUUCUCCACGCGCGCGAUAGAGCAGCUUGCCAUCAUCAAAGAGGCCAACACCAUCGUCUCGCUCUCAAACUACCAUGUGUCUCUCUACGACUUGCAAACAUACGAGCUCAUCGAGACCUUGAGCCGGUCCAAGAACGCGUCCUGCUUCGCCGUGACUUCCAACAUCGUCAAGGACCCCGACACGGGCAUACCCGAAAUCAUCAGCCGCCUGGCCGUCGCCGUCAAAAGGCGGCUAUUGCUAUGGAGCUGGCACGAGAGCGAGCUCGGCGAUGAGGUCAAAGAGAUAGUGCUCUCAGAAGCCGUGCGGACAGUUACUUGGACAAACGCGACGAAGCUAGUAUGCGGCAUGAACGGAGGCUAUGUCACUGUCGACUCUGUCACUCAACAAUUCGAGGACAUUGUGAGCCCCGGGACGGUCGGGGCUGGAAGCCAGGGAAGCCGAUUCGGUGCGGUUAGUAGCGCAGGGAUGGGUUACAUGGGCCUUGGUGGGUAUAUGCCGAAGCCACUCGCCGCCAAGCUCGCCGACGGCGAGAUACUCUUGGCCAAGGAUAUCAACACACUCUUCAUCAAGGACGACGGGAAACCCCUGGAGAGGAGGCAGAUACCAUGGCCGUCCGCGCCUGAAUCCAUCGGGUAUUCCUAUCCGUACAUCGUGGCUCUCCAGCCACCGUCCAAAGGCUUUCUAGAGGUUCGCAACCCGGACACGCUGUCGUUGCUGCAGAGCAUCUCGCUCCCAGGCGCCGCUCAGCUUCACUUCCCACCCCCGACGGUAAGCCUCGCGCAUGCGGGCAAGGGGUUUCACAUAUCGAGCGAACGAUGCGUGUGGAAGAUGGCGGCGACGGGUUACGAUUCGCAAGUCCAAGAGCUCAUCGAGGGCGGCAAGUUCGACGAGGCGAUCAGCGUGCUGAACAUGCUUGAGGAUGCGCUUCUCAAGGAUAAAAAGGACACGCUCCGAGAAGUCAAGAUGCUCAAGGCCGAGAUGCUCUUCAAGCAGAAAAAGUACCGGCAAGCCAUGGAUCUGAUGAACGAGGACGACGUCCAUGCCCCCCCGGAGAGGGUUCUCGGGCUUUAUCCGCCCCAGAUUGCCGGAGAGCUGUCGCACUGGGCACGGCAGGAUGCCCCCGAAAGCUCAGAGGGGUUUGUCGAACAUCUCUUACCACAGCCCAUGGGCGGUUUUGCCAAGCUGUUCCGGGGUUCCCACAAGAAAAACCAACCUGACGUGGCGUCUAUAGCAUCGCCCAAGAAGGAGGCGGCAGAGGAGGACGACACCGAGAGUGCCAAGGAAUCAUCGGCGGCCGAGGACAAGCCUCUCGAUGGGAAAGAUCUGACCAAAGCAGUCUUGGAACUAAACAGCUAUCUCGCGGGAACCCGUGCGCGUCUUCAGCGAGUCAUCGACCCGGUCACGGGAAAGCUAAAGCCCCAGCUGGACAGGCAGGGCUCGGCCGAAGAGGUGGCUGAGAGGUUUCUCCGGACAACGCAAAGCGAGUCGGAGCAGAAGCUUGAGGAGGAGCUUUGCAACACGUUUCGACUGGUCGAUACGACUUUGUUCCGCUCUUACAUGCUGUCGCAGCCGUUGCUGGCGGGCUCUCUCUUCCGCAUACCCAACUUUUGCGAUCCCGAGGUGGUCAAGGAGAAGCUUUGGGAGCACAACAGGUUCACGGAGCUGGUCGACUUUUUCUACGGCAAGAAGCUGCACAGGGAGGCUUUGGAUCUCCUCCACAAGUUUGGUUCGGCGGAUGAACCCGACGAGGCUGCUCCGACUCUACAUGGGCCAGACCGCACUAUCCAGUAUCUGCAAAACCUGCCGCCUUCCGCGAUUGAUUUGAUCCUUGAGCACGCGGCCUGGACGCUCAAGAGCAACCCCAGCUAUGCCAUGGAGAUAUUCGUCGGCGACACGGAAAAUGCCGAGACCCUGCCUCGCGACCAGGUCAUCUCCUUUCUCCAGAGUGUAGAUACGAGCUUGGAGCGGCAGUACUUGGAGCACAUCAUUAACGAGCUCGAUGAUAUGACGCCGGACUUUCACAACCGCCUAGUGGAUCUGUACGUUAAGAACCUCGGCGAUACGACCAGGGGGGGGGAGUGGGACAGCCUCAUGGACAAGUGUAUCCGCUUUCUGCGAGACUCACGGCAAGUGUAUAGCCUGACCAAGGCGCUCGGGCUGAUGCCCCAGGACGACGCGGCCUUUUACGAGGCGCGAGCCGUUGUUCUCAGCAACAUGGGCGAGCACAGAGAGGCAUUGGAGAUUUACGUCUUCAAGAUGAAGGACUUCAUCAAAGCUGAGGAGUACUGCAACCGCCUAUACAAAGCGCAGGAAACCACAGCGUCGCCUUCGAAUGACGGGACCUCACUUGUGAUACCCGAGGAUGCCACGAAAUCCAUCUACCAUACUCUCUUGUCGCUGUAUCUCAAGCCACCACGGCCCCACAAGGAGCAGCUUGAGCCAGCGCUGGACCUCCUCUCCAAGCAUGGCUCUCGGCUCCCGGCAACGUCCACGAUGGGCCUAAUCCCAGACGAUCUCCCCGUCAGCGCCCUCGAGGCCUACUUCCGAGGUGGCAUACGGUCAGUCACCAGCCUCGUCAAUGAGUCUCGGGUGGUGGCGGGUCUGCGCAAGGCCGAAAGCAUAUCAGUGGCGGCUCGGUUGCACCUGGGCGACGAUGAGGCCGGCGGGCAGGGCGGCCGCAACAGACACGUCACCAUAACCGACGAGCGGCACUGCGUCGUCUGCCACAAAAAGCUCGGCGGGGCCAUGAGGAUCGGCGGGAGCGUGGUGGCUGUCCUGCCGGACAAUACGGCGGUGCAUUACGGCUGUUUGAGUAGGGCGACUGGACAGAAGUCGGCGAGGGUGCGGGCCCCUAGCUGGGGAAAGGGCCUCUAG